CGGAGCACAGGGACAAGCAGAAGGGGGCAGCUCACAGAAUGUCGAUGAAAACCAUAUCAGUGUCUGUGAUGCUGUUCGUACUCCUGUGCCUGGAUGAGAGACCGCGCACAGAUGCCGCUCCGAUCUGUGCCCAGGGCGAGGCCGGGUGUCAGCUCCUGUCCCUGGCAGACCUCUUCGACAGGGUGAUCCAGCACUCCGCCCGGGUGCACGGGCUCUCCAACGACCUGCACUCCGAGUUUGAGCAGUACUUCCUCCCCAGCAGAAACCAAAUCGGAAGGGUCAACCGGAAAUGCCACACUUCCACCAUACUCACGCCCAACGGCAAGGAGAACGCCCAGCGAUUAGCGAGGGAGGAGCUCACCGUGGUGAUCCUGAACCUCCUGGCGGCGUGGAGAGACCCCCUGUCCCAGUUCCACCAGAGCAUGUCGCACCACGAGGACUUCAACAGCUUCAGCGGCAACAAGGCGCUGGAGAUGAGCGACAUGGCGCACAGGCUGAGGAGCGGCGUGGAGAAGGUGGCCGAGAAGAUGCAGCUCCUGGGCAUGCUCAGUAACGCCCUGAGCGGCGUCUCCUCGGCCGAGGCCCUGGAGCCCCGCCCCCCCGGCGGGGAGAGCCGCUCCAUGAGCGACUACCAGCUCCUGCACUGCUUCCGCAGGGACUCCGACAAGGUGCAGAACUACCUGAGGAUCCUCAAGUGCAGCAUCGUCCCCGAGCACGGCUGCUAG